AUGGAAUGGUUGGGUUCAGAAAGAUGGGUUUUUGAUUAUCUUGUUGUUCUGUUUUGCUGCUCAUCAUCAUCAGCAGCUCUACUGUGGUUGUUGUUGUGGAGGAGGAGGAAGAUGAUGAAUGAAAAAGUGGCGGGAAAAGGUGAUGGUGGUUAUGUUGUAGUGCCACGUGGGUCUUGUGGGUGGCCAUUGAUAGGCGAGACUUUUGAGUUCAUAGCAUCUGGCUUUACCUCCACGCCUCUCACCUUCAUGGACAAACGCAAAUCUCUAUAUGGAGAUGUGUUUAGAACACACAUCCUCGGCAAGGCAAUCAUUGUCUCGACUGAUUCUGAAGUCAACAAAAUGAUUUUGCAUAAUCAUGGGAAUAUUUUCAUCCCAAGCUAUCCUAAAACUAUAACCGAACUUCUCGGAAAGUCUUCAAUACUGCAAAUAAACGGGCCUUUGCAUAAGCGAGUGCAUUCCCUUAUCGGUGUUUUUCUCAAGUCACCCGAGUUCAAAUCCCGAAUCACUAGAGAUAUAGAGAAAACCGUUAAACUUUCCCUUUCCACUUGGUCGACCGAAAAAAGAUGCCAAGUUCACGUUCAAGACGAAACCAAAAUGAUUACAUUUGAGAUUCUUGUGAGAGUGCUAAUGAGCAUUGGUUGUGGUGAAGAAAUGGAGUUGCUGAAAAAAGAAUUCGGCGAGUUUAUCAAAGGACUAAUUUGUGUGCCCAUUAAGUUCCCUGGGACAAGGCUCUACAAGUCUUUGAAGGCAAAGAAGAAAUUACUGAAAAUAGUGAACAAAAUUGUGGAGGAGAGGAAAGCAGCUUUGAACAAAAAUAACGAAAAAUCGCAGCCGAGUGAUGCGAUUGAUGUGUUAUUAUGCAACUUUAAUGAAUUAUCCGACGAGACUCAGAAUCGACUCCCGUUGGAUUUUAUUAGUGGAAAUAUAGUUGAAAUGAUGAUUCCGGGUGAGGAGACGGUGCCAACUGCCAUGACCCUCGCAGUCAAAUUUCUCGUCGACACCCCUGCGGCCUUAGCCCACUUGGUGGAAGAAAACAUGGAGCUCAAGAAGAAAAAGGUUGUGUCAUGUGAAGAAUAUUCUUGGACUGAUUAUAUGUCAUUACCAUUCACCCAAAAUGUAAUUAGUGAAACUCUUCGACUCGCGAAUAUCAUAAAUGCUGUUUGGAGGAAAGCUCUCAAGGAUGUCAAAAUAAAAGGUUACUUAAUACCUAAAGGAUGGUGCGUGUUAGCAUCGUUCAGCUCAGUCCACAUGGAUGAAAAGAAUUACGAAAACCCGUACGAGUUUAACCCUUGGAGAUGGAAGGUGAGGCCCGUGUAA